AUGCUUGCCGACCGCGACGCCAAGCUAGCCCAGGCAACCAAGGACGAAGCCACGGAGCAGGGUCGCCUGCGCAAGCUGAGGGAGGAGGUGGACAGGGCCCAGGCAUCCAGUACCCAGCUCGUCUCUGAGGCGACGGCCCGGCUGGAGGCCAGGGAGAAGACCCUCGCCGUUGAUGGCAGUGUCAAAACCAGCAGAUCUCGGAGAAGGGUACGAGGGAAGCCGCUGGCGACUCCGGAGGAUGGCCUUGCUGGGCUUCUCCCCAAGCUCGCUGAGGCUCUUGAGGGCAUCGCCACUGGAGUGGACUCCAUGGUGGAGGGGGAGUGCCGCGCGCGUUUCACCGCGGCCGCGACGCGCGUUUUCAACCACCUCCAUCUCCGGGAACCAAGCCUCGACCUUAGCACCCUGAUCGAACAGGUGGCUCCUGAGUCCCGCAACACUAUUGUCGAGGCCGUGAAGAAGUAG